ACUCGCAAGUAUCCCUUUCGCUUGGUCUACAUAUGGUCAGGCUUUCCUCGAUACAAUCUGACAAUAAAACCUCAAUGUUGCACAAUUGCACAAGAUGACUGACGACGGAAUUGAGCUCUCGCCGACUAGGCAGCGCUCCCCUGAUAUUAUGAGGAUGGGAAAUCCUACACAAAGCUAUGAUAACAAUAUAGCUAUCCAACAAGCGGUGGGCAGCUCAGAAGAGCCUGAAGAACAGCGUGGAAAGGUUCAGGUAUUUGCCAUCAUGGUGGCUCUCUGCUUGUCCCUUUUCAUCGCCGCCUUAGAUCAAACGAUUGUUUCUACCUCUCUACCGACGAUUGCCUCGCGCUUACAUUCUGCAAGUGGCUAUACAUGGGUUGGCGGAGCAUAUCUCCUGGCCAGUGCGGCCGCGGCUCCCAUCUGGGCAAAACUAUCUGAUAUCUGGGGUCGCAAGCCCAUCCUUCUUGUUGCUGUUCUAUGGUUCCUGCUCAGCUCUAUUGUGUGCGCUGCCGCAGUGAACAUGAAGAUGUUGAUUGCCGGUCGAGCGCUACAAGGGAUAGCAGGUGGUGGUCUCUUGCAACUGGUCAUGAUUGUUGUGUCCGAUUUGUUCAGUGUCCGGUCCCGAAGUCUCUAUAUGGGAAUCCUGGAGUUCAUGUGGACUAUUUCCGGUGGCCUCGGACCAAUCCUCGGUGGUGUAUUUUCGGAAUAUCUCUCCUGGCGAUGGAACUUUUGGAUAAACCUGCCCAUCUGCGGACUGGCAUUCAUAUUGCUCUUCUUCUACUUAGACGUCCACAACCCGAAAACCAAGGUGACUGACGGUUUGAAAGCAAUCGAUUGGCUGGGUAGUCUGUCUAUCAUUGGGUUUACCCUGAUGGUCCUCCUAGGUCUUAAUUUUGGAGGGGAAGCAUUUGCCUGGAACUCGCCUCAGGUGAUUUGUCUGCUUGUGUUCGGGUCUCUUUUCUCAGUUAUAUUCUUCUACGGGGAGAAAUAUGUCGCCAAAUACCCUCUCAUGCCCCUCAAAAUUCUGAAACAUCGAUCAAACAUUGCCGUAUCACUCGUUACAUUAUUCCAUGGUGCGGUAUUCAUUGCUUGUGAAUAUUGGCUGCCACUUUAUUUCCAGUCCGCGAGGCAAGCAAGCCCGAUGCGCUCAGGACUGAUGGUCCUUCCCCUGGUUUUGGCCGAAGGGGUCUUCAGCGGAAUCUCUGGCUGGUUAAUCCAUCGGACAGGCAAAUAUGCAGAGCAAAUCUGGAUAGGCACUGUCCUUCUUACUCUCGGGACUGGCCUCUUCAUUCGGCUCAAUCCAACCUCCCGUUUGGUGGAACUAGUCAUCUUCCAGGUCAUUGGCGGCGCAGGAUCAGCGAUCUUAUUUGCACCCCCACUGAUUGCAUUGCAAGCAAUGGUCGCGCAAGAUGAUACAGCAAGUGCCACGGCAAUGUUGGGCUUCAUUCGCACUAUUGCCAUGUCGGUCUCGAUUGUAGUUGGCGGUGUGGUCUUUCAAAAUAGCAUGGCAGGAGAGAGAAGCCGGUUAAAAGCAGCAGGACUGAUGGAUGAGAUCGUAGAAGAACUGACUGGCGCUUCCGCCGCUGCCAGCACAGAGGUGAUUAAGACCCUCAAAGAUCCUUCCAAGGUUCGAACCGUCGCAGGUGCAUUUUCCUCCAGUUUACAAAACAUGUGGAUUAUGUACACCUGCAUGGCUGGUGUUGCUGUUCUUGCAAGCGUGUUCAUUGUGAAUCGACCCCUAAGUGAGGAGCAUACAGAAACGAGGACAGGUCUCAAGGAAGAGUAAACCGGGUGCGACAUGAACAUGUCGGAGGUUGCAACAAUACAGGAUUAUCAGGGUUGCAAACGGUCGCUUGAGAAAACGAUCUUAAGGGCAAUGCGCGGUUGAAGAUUGGGCUCAAAUGAAGGAGCCCAUUACUCUGUAUAUUACAUCUUUUUGCGCGAAUUCAU